CAGCAGAGCUCUUUGGCACGAGGAAAGACCUGAAACUCUAGCUUCGUUGUCCUAGAAUGGCAACUCCAUCCAUUGUUGGGGUGAUUUUAAGUCUUGUAUUGGCACUGAAAUAUGUUGCUCUACAAGCUGAGGCUCGAGCCUUCUUCGUGUUUGGUGAUUCACUUGUCGAUAGUGGCAACAACAACUAUCUUGUAACAACUGCCCGUGCAGACUCGCCUCCUUAUGGAAUAGAUUAUCCAACUCAUCGUCCCACUGGCCGUUUCUCGAAUGGCCUCAACAUCCCUGAUCUUAUCAGUAAGCGAAUUGGAUCCGAAUCUGUGUUGCCAUACCUGAGUCCUGCACUAAGAGGCCAGAGGUUACUUAAUGGUGCCAAUUUUGCCUCAGCAGGAAUUGGAAUCCUCAACGAUACCGGAGUUCAAUUUAUAAACAUAAUCAGAAUGUAUAGACAACUUGAAUACUUCCAAGAAUACCAGCGACGAGCUCGAGCACUUGUAGGAGUUGAUCAGACUAAGAGACUUGUAAAAGGAGCCCUCGUCCUGAUUACUGUUGGUGGCAAUGAUUUCGUGAACAACUACUACUUGAUACCCUAUUCUGCAAGGUCUCGCCAAUUUUCUGUACCGAAUUAUGUGAAGUAUCUCAUUUCAGAGUACGAAAAAUUACUAAUGAAGCUAUAUAAACUGGGAGCACGUAGAGUUCUCGUGACAGGGACCGGGCCAAUGGGUUGUGUUCCAGCAGAGUUAGCUAUGAGGGGCACAAAUGGGGGUUGUUCAGCCGAACUUCAACGAGCCGCGUCCUUGUACAAUCCACAACUUGUUCAGAUGCUAAAAGGACUAAACAAAAAGAUUGGAAAAACUGUUUUUGUUGCCGCAAACACACAACAGUCACACUUGGAUUUCAUUAGUAAUCCUCGUGCAUAUGGAUUUACCACAACAAAGAGAGCAUGUUGUGGACAAGGACCAUACAAUGGUCUAGGACUCUGCACAGCAGCAUCCAACUUGUGCCCGAAUCGAGACCUCUAUGCAUUCUGGGAUGCAUUCCAUCCAUCUGAAAAGGCAAACCGAUUGAUCGUGGAACAGAUAUACUCUGGCACUACCAAGUACAUGGACCCCAUGAAUCUCAGCACAAUCAUGACCUUGGAUGCUAGGGCAUGAUCUCAUCCUCUGCAUGGCUUUCUUUUUUAAAUAAUGUAACUAUUUAUGUGUUUCAUUCCUAGCUCUUUUGCAAGUGAUGUCAAAAGGAAUUUCAUUAGCCUGCGAAACAGUAAAUGUGACCUCUUAAUAAUACCUCUGUUCUUAUUUAUAAAAAGGUAGAGCAGUUGCAGAAGAGAGUCCCAUAAGAC